AUGUUCCACGGACUGCGAAACAUAUCCGUCACAAACUCGCCACAUGUCGAUCUAUUGGUUGCCGAGACCUAUUCGCAUCAUCUUCACCACAAGUCCAGAGACGAUUCUGACAACGACUCCAACUCUGACUACACUGAUUCCGACGAAGAACCAGAGUUGCGUACGCGUCCCGACGAAUUCUCUGGAAACGAAGAGGAGAAGAUCAAUCCACUAAAUGUAUUCCUUAGAAUCUAUCAACAAUGUCGUAUUCGUCAACAACAAGAAGCAAACACUCUCAACAUCAACAGCAACAACAACAGCAGCAGCAGUAACAAUAACAAGUCAUCGACAUCAUCGAAAGAGUUUCUGGAAAUCGGUACAAAGAAUGCAAUGGUUCGAGCAUUGAUUGAUAUUCACUUCCAUUUGAAUGGUAUUUCACCAUUGACAACUAAACGUUUGGGUGAGCCAUACUUGGAUGUCAAUGUAAAUUCGCAGAUGGCAGAUCUUCUCGAUGCCAAUCAUCGUAUGAAGCUCCUGACCGACCUCUACCUUGAGAUUCCGACCACUUUUCUCAAGGCAAAAGCAGCAUACGCACUUGGUUUGCACGCAGUGGAUACAGGUGAUUUAGUUCUAGCAGAGAAAUUCUUCUUUGAAUGUCUAUAUAUUAUCGAUAAGUGUAAACAACCGGUAGUCGGACUGCCACUCGUUCUGUCAGAGUUGUCAGCGAAUGCCUCGAUUGGAUAUGCAGGUGUUCUACUUGAUAACUACAAAUAUCAAUAUGCAAUCGUUUCAUUUGACAAUGCUUUGCUCGUCUAUAACAUUCAGUCGACAAGCACCACCAAUCUCUCUGGCGCCGCCAACAGAAACAAUCCUCUGAGAACCUCGGCCACACCCAAGGCAUCGUUCCACAGCUCAGCAGGUGGCAGCGGAAACAACAAGAAUGAACGCAAUCUGAAAUACUGGGAGUUUAACUGUAUCAACUAUUUGCAUGCCAACAAAUUCUCAGAGGCAUUGAUUUGCAUUGAGUGUGCCAUCGAGAUCUGUCCGGCAAGCUCACUGAAUGCUCGUGGACAAUAUUUCUACUUGCGUGGAAAGAUCUUCCAAAAGUUGGUGUCGUUCUCCAAUGCAACACUCAUUACAUUCCCAACCACUUUGAAGCCAACCUCUGAAGAGUGGAAAGAGUUUGUCGAUGUCAAUCAACCAACGACCACCUACACCUGCACUGGCGAUCUCAUGCAGGAAGGAAUUGCAAGUUUCAAACGUGCCUACAACUAUUUCAAAUCGAUUGGUGACGACGUUCGUAUUCAAAAGACAGUCAGUCGUAUUGCAGAGACCUAUUUGGAUCGUGUGUUUGGACCGGUUGCUUUGCUUCACUAUCAAUUCGACGAUGUUGCACGUCUUCCUCAUUUCACACCGUCUCGUUUCAUUCAGAAAGACGGUGAACUCUAUCAGGACGACAAGAACAAGCGAAACAAGAAGAAAGAAGAACCAGCUAAACCACCUGGAUCUCCACCAAUGGUUGAACUCAAAGAGUUUUACAUCUCCUUUGAGAUCAUUGAGAAUCCAGCUAUUCUUGCUAUGGAUAUCAAUAUCGAUACAUGCAAUGUAAUUCAACUUCUUAGAAACUAUAUGAAUAUGGCAGAGCUCAGAUAUCUCCAGGGUGAUCGAGAUCUUGCCAUUUCCUAUUGGACAGAGUGUCGUAAUCUUUACUUUACCAUGUUUUGUGACGGACCUCACCUCAUUGGAAAGAGUGCACCGCUCUUCUUCUUGAAAAAGUUGUUCAGCACUUGCAAGCGUAUGAUUCGUUUCCUGUUUGCAUUUGACCAAGAUUUCAUUAAUAAGAAUCUCAUGUUGGUCGAUAGUUAUCUCUCUUUGGAGAUCGAUAUCUCGCAAGCCAAGAAGCGUAAUAUCGAGUUGAACAAACCAUUAUCCUAUGAGUCGAAUCCACAGAUUUCAAAGAUCUACAUGCCAUAUCUCGGUAAAUCCUACACUCUCGGAAGAAACUUUAAGAGAAAGACAGAGAUGACUGGCGCACUGUCAAUGGAUAACAUUCCAACUCCCAACCACAACAACGGCAGCAACAGCACAGGUGCCGACGGAGAGAACAAGCUAUCGACAUUGACAUUCAAUGAGAAGACAAAGGAUGAGGAGAAGUCAGUAAACACUGGCGAUGAAGUAGGAGAGAAGAUCUGGGGAUCCCUACAUGCCAUUAGCAACGAAAUUCGAAAAUACUCAAUUGGAAAGAUUACACAGGAAGAGUUGUGUACUCGUAGUAAAGUCACCAUUAAGCAGAUACUAAAGAUUCAAUUGUCCUACAAGAAUCAUUUGGCCAAUCAGCAUGCUGGUAGUCCAACCAACUAUCCAGUUCCACUUCAGAGUUCCAACAGUUUGGGAUCACUCUUUAGAUCACAAACAAAGAUGAAUCUAAAUGCAAUUGCCAAUGGAAAUACUAGCAGCACUACAGAUUCCGGUCGUACACGCACUCCUUCAAACGCUGGAGCCAACAGUGGCAGCAGCAGUGGUAACGCCAACAAUUGGGGAACAGUUCGUAAUCUUUCUUCGAAAUAUGAGGAACUCUCCUUCUCUGCAGCACAAGCAAAAAUCAAUGCAUCUCUUCAAAAGUUGGUUUAUUCACUGCAGGUCGACAACUACUUUAUCCACUACGUUCCACAUACAGGUCGCAAGAGAUUCAACCGUAUCGGUGGACUUGAGGAGUUGACUCCAAUGCCACCACCCACCAACAUGUUGUAUCUCGAGAUCUAUCUCUUGUCCAACGCCAAUGAAAAAGUCUCAUUUGUUGUCAGUCCAUUGAUCACUCUUGAGAAGCUCUUGCUGUUCUUGUGCAACAAGCCAUACUGGGCAGUGGAUAGCUCCGACUCCAAGAAGAAGAGUUUCUUUGGAUCCUUCAGCAGAGCUGCCAACAACUCGUUCAAAUCCACACCAAAGUUUAUUGAAAAAACACCAAACUUCCAUAAUGAGUUGAUCUCUUUCUUGAAUUCCACUAUCGGUGUGCCAGGUACCGAUGAAGACACCCACAGCUCUGGUUCAGACUCGCCCCCUCAGGAACGUGCCGCCGACAAACAAGAUCAUCAUCAUCAUCCUCACACCCCAACUCUCCACUCGACUUCACCACCGAUCCAUAUCAACAAUCACCACCAGCAUGCUGUUCAUCACCAACACAUAAACACUCAACCAAAUCUACCAACCAUCAACAUCACCCAUGCCAACCAACAGCAACACAAUCAAGACAUCCACGGUCGUUCCAUGUCCGUCGGUUCAUCCACUCCUCGUAAGGUAUAUUCUCAUCAACAACUCUCACUUAUCUCGUUCACCAAGCGUAUGAUUAAAAGUGAUGAUCCUGCCUAUGCCAAAGCAUAUGUAUCUUUCGACCAACUCUCAUACCAGAUCUGCAAGGUGUUCUCCCACCGUGAGAUGCGUGAAUGUUCCGAGCAGAAUCCAUUGCAACUCUCACUGUUUGUCAACAACGGUGAAGAGAAAAAGUCACAGACCAACUUGGAUCAACAAACCACCAGCAAGUCGGCACCAACCAAUGACCAAGCCAUCACAUUCACACCAGAGAUACUUUCAUCGUUCCUGCCACUUCUUUCGCUUGUUCCAUCGAAAGACUCGAUACAAGAGGAGGUCGACCGCAAGAAGAUCAUCACCGAACUCAAGCACACCACAUUCUCAUCGCUCUUUGAGAUUCUUCCAACCGAGAAGCCAGACUCCAACAGCAUUAAACCAUCGGCAUCAUCGUCCUCUAAGAAACAAAGCAAGACAUUUGUAUUCUUUGGUUCCAACAAAGAUGCCACUACAAGCACCAUGCCGACCACCAAUAUCUCAACCACUCCACUGAUCUUUAUUUGUUCAAAGAGUCUACAAGUGUUCCCAUGGGAAUUGAUCAUACCCGACUUCAUGGUCAGAUACCUGACACUCUACGAUUUAAUGCGUACCAACUACAUAGACAUAAGUGACCCAGAGAAUCAAGAGAACGGUAUCAUACCAUGUUUUAUCAGUUGCUGUAACUCUGUCAUUGACAAAUCACACUACAAUGAUCCAGUGAAAAAAGAUCAACAAGUUAAGUCUAUAUUAUAUAACUUGUAUACAACUAUAAAUAAAACAACAACAAGAGUAUCAAAUGAAAAUCAACCAUAUCUCUCGCCAUUGAUAAAGUUGGGUGUCAAACCAGCGGUCGCCAAGAAGAAAUACAAGUAUCUCGACUUUUUCGAUGUGGCCACCAAUAAGACAUCGGGUGUCGUUCAUUUCCUUGAGAGUUUCGAUGACUCCAUUCAUUUCCCUGUAUUUAUCUUUGCCUACAAUGAUAUUGUCGAUCUAUCACAACUCCCAAUAUUUAUAUUAAGGAGUAAACCAAUUUGUAAUGUAUUAUUUAUACCCUAUUCGAAGCAAAAAGAAAUUAUGAGUAGAUUGUUCAAGAUAUAUGAUGCUCAUUUGAAGCAGAAUAUCAAGAAUUCCAAUCCACCAACCAGAAAAGAGAGAUACCAAUUCUUUAUCUCAUCGGUACAAAGUUUGAAAGAGGAGUUUUACAUUCCCAUUGCUCUUUUUAAUCCUACUUUCAUUGUAAAUAAUCAAUAA